AUGUAUCAAGGACGUAGUCAACAGCCGUUGUGGACCCCACCACCAAAUUUUUCCCAGGUGGAAACCGGUAUCUAUCGCAGUGCAUACCCCACACUUGCGAGCGUCCCAUUCCUCCACCAUAUUGGAAUAAAAACGAUUGUAUUGCUUUCCAUAGAGUUGUUACCAGUUCCUGUGGUAAGGGCAAUCUCGGAGGGGGAUGUGGUUGCAGGCACCACGUCCGUGUCGGAUGACGUCCACGCAUGGAAGGAUAACGAGUGCAUAAAGUGGCCCAUACGCAUAGUUUCCACGGCUGAUUUGUCAGAGUGGAUGAAUGAAUACGUUUGUGCAAAAGACGAUUUUGCUGUCUCAAGUGUUCAACGCGCUUUAGACUUUGCCUUGCAGCCAGACUUUCAACCUGUUCUUUUCACAUGCCCGACGGGUGAGCUGCAGACCAGCGUUAUUGUCGGAUGUAUGCGACGGCACCAGGGCUGGUCUCUAGCUGCCGUGCUUGCGGAGUGUGAGUUGUUUGUCAACGUUACGGGAGGCGUGCGCCAAAGUGUGAUGAAUUUUAUAGAACAGUGGGACCCCGACGAACAUCCGGUUCGUGAAGAAGAUAUCGCGAAGAGAAAGCGUGAGUUGCUGUUGAGAGACCCUUCACUUUCUUAUAGUGUCAAACGACACCGGAGGACGGUGACCCACUCUGCGAGCGAUCCUGAUUCUGAAUACGAUGACCCUUUGGCUAUGGGUACCUCACGACUUGGGCAAAAGGGUACCGCCGGAAACUCAGCGGGUAUGGGAUUGUCACUAUCGCCAUAUAAGAGUUCAGGAUUCGAUAGGUCUACAUUGAGUUCGACGAGGGUAGGUGGUGACGAGUUGGGUUUGUCGCACUCGUCUCAUGUCGUUAUCAAACUCGCGUCCUGGUAUACGGCUGCCAUGAAGAGGCGUGCGGCUGCCGCUGAAGCAAUCGUUGCGGCGAGGGCGAAGGUUCGUGCGCCCAGUGAUCCCCUUCCAGAACCACACGAAAGGUAUUUCGGUGUGCUGAAUCCUCCGGCUUUGGAUGAGCGCUCAACGUUUACAAAGAAGUCAAUUGUCCAGGACCUUGACUAG